AACUGUCAAAUGGAAGUAAUUAAAGGUUAGGUUAUUGUUAAUAUUGUUAAUUUUUGUAAUUAAAAACGUUUUUUACAAUUAUUUAUGUAUUAGUGUUAUUUUCAGUGGUAUUAAACAAAAUUUAACUUUAUAUGAAAUACUGUCAGUCAUGUGUUCAUAAUAAAUAUUUUUCAUAGUACACUGUAAUGAGCACAAAUAUUAACUACUUAAAAGUGUGAGUUUCACAGAUAAGGUGAGUUUUUCCCCAAAAUGUCCUCACAACCGAUGACAGUACAGGCUGUAUAUUCAUUUAAAGGGAAAAACAAUGAUGAGUUGUGCUUUAAAAAAGGAGAUAAAAUAGUUAUAACUCAGAAGGAAGAAGGUGGCUGGUGGGAAGGUACUUUGGGAGAUAAAACUGGUUGGUUUCCCAGUAAUUAUGUUGUUGAAUGCAAAGAUGUGCACACAAAUCUGGCUAUGGUAAAUCAGCAAAAGCAGUACCGUUCUGUUGUUUUGAAAGAUUUAAUUGACUCUGAAAAGGCCCAUGUAACAGAACAACAAGGAUUAGUUUCAAAUUUCUUACAACCAUUGGAAAAAAGCUCAAUUCUUUCUGUGGAUGAAUACAGACAGUUGACUGGAAAUUUACUAGAAGUACUGGAUACACACCAACAGCUGUUACAUUUAUUGGAAGAAGAAGAAUCUAAGACCAGUGAGGAGCAACGAGUUGGAAGAUUAUUCUUAACAUGGGCUCCAAAAAUGAAAUCUGUUCAUCAAGGUUACUGUUCACUUCACCCAAAAGCAGCCUUCAUUUUAGAUAAAUACAAAGAUGAAUUAACAACUUAUAUGGAAUCAUGUGGGGCAACAACUCCUGGUGUUUUGGUUCUAACAGUGGGCUUAAGUAAGCCAUUUAGGAGAUUAGAGAAAUAUUCUGGAAUGCUACAGGAGCUGGAAAGACACCUGGAGGAGAGUCAUCCUGAUAGAGGAGACACUCAAAGAUCAGUUUCAGUUUAUAAAGAAAUUGCUACUAGUUGUGCAGCGAUUCGUCGACAAAAAGAACUGGAACUUCAGGUUUUAACAGGACCAGUGAGAGGCUGGGAAGGCCAAAGUCUUUCAACCUUAGGAGAAAUAAUAUAUAUGGGAUCAGUAGCAGUGGGACCUCAGCAUCAUGAUCGAUACUUAGUCUUAUUUCCCAGUACACUCCUAAUACUGUCUGUCAGUCCCAGAUUAAGUGCAUUUAUUUAUGAGGGAAAAUUACCUUUAACUGGGAUCAAUGUAAUUCGCUUAGAAGACAGUGAUCAAUAUAAAAACGCAUUCGAAAUAAAUGGACAUUUAAUAGAAAAACGAACAGCAGUAUGCCAAAGUAAGGAAGAGGCAGACCGUUGGGUUGAAAUUUUACGAAAGCACAUGCCUCAUCGAUCUAAUGUUAAUAGUUUCAAUCAGAAAGCCCUCCCUUCACAGGCGGAAGUUGUGCCACAACCUCCGCCACACCAGUUGGAUCAUCGGGGUUACAGCAUUAGUCCUUCUGUUUUGACUUAUUUUUUCGAUCCUCCAUUACCUUAUCAGCCUUCAUUUCCAACACAAAAUUAUCCUCCUACUGCUCCUUACAUAAAUCUUACGCGUCAUUAUCGACGAUUAAUUAAAGAGAACCUUAUAAACUUGCGAUUGCUAAUGAAACUGUGGUAUUCUGAGUAUUUAAAUAAGAAAGAUUUGAGUUGUGUUAAGCGAAGAAAACAUAAAACCGAAAUAGUUAUUGUAACUAAUAAUUCCCAUCAAAGGUACAGCAUUGUCGAAUGUGAUAGUGACAGUGAUUCCGAAAGUAGCAGUAAUAAUAAUUAUCCUAAUCGUCUAAAUAGACAAAAUGCUUUAAAUGGAAAAUCAGAUAGUGAUAAUACUUCUAGUGGUAGUUCUAGUAGCAGUUCUAGUAACCCUUUCGGGUAUAUUCGAUAUUAUAAUCCUCAAACAGGGGAAGAACAGGAAAUAGAAAAAUACGAGAGCUUUAUCGAUUAUGGAGAAAUCAAUUCCGGUGCAAAAAUAAUAGAAAAUCCUAAUGUAGAAAAUAACGGGAACCAUUUAAGGCCAAAAUUAACUCACCAGUUUUCUGAGAAUUCCAAUGCAAGUUCCAAUAUCGAAGUAAAGCCUUUAGGUGCAUGCGAGAACCUUUUAAGUUUAGACUGCAAUUUAAAAAUUAAUACUACUAUCCCAAUGGUUAGUAGUCCAUUAGAACGUCAAACGCUACCUCCAAAAUUUGUGGGAAAUAGGUUUUGUCAAAGCAGCCUCACUACAGUUGAAGUUCCACAUUGGCAGAGCAACAGUGAUGAUAAUUUGGCCUAUAGGUCGGAGGUUGCAAGCAGAACUAGAAAUAAAAAUUUUGAAGGGCCUUCUACACAUUCUAGUACGUUGGAAUUAGCAAUUAAUCCGUUACCGGUCGAACUGCCGGACAAAUUAGUUGCUGAAAUAUUAUACAAUCAAGAUGAAGGAGCAUUGAGCUCUUCAAGAGAUUAUUUUAAAUCGGAGUCAUUGGAUAGCGACUUGACUGAACACUCUUCGAAUACAGUUAAACAUCGAAAACAGUUGACAAAGAAAUCAACCGAAAGUAGUACUUCUUUACGUUCCAAUAACUCGAAAGAUUUUUCUGAAAAAGAAGCGGAUUUCCAGGCUAAUUUUCUUCAUAUUCCUAGAAAUAGAUCCGGAACGGGUUUAUCUAGCAUUGAUGUUUCCACAAUGAAACCUAGAAGACGUUCAAGUACACACAUUAAAUCAGAAGAAUUAGGAAAGUUGAAUAACAAUUUAAAUUCACUUCGUAGAUGUAUGAGUUAUCAAAUAGUUCAAGUAUCUGACGACCCUUUACCGUCAGAUAAGUCGAAAAGGUGUGACUGUUGUGCCUUGGCAUGUAAUGGUAGUUCAAGAUCUUCCGAUUCAGGAAUGGCAGGAAGCUGCACACUCAAUUCGCCUGAUCUACUUCCUAAUGAUCCCGCGCAAGAUAGGAUUAGUUCCAAUUCCUCAAAUUUAUCUAACUUUUUGAACAAUUGUGAUUUAAAUAUGCUGACUUUUAGCGAAAUAGAAGCCAGGAAGUUUGAAAGGCAAUGCCAAUGUACGUCGCCGUUUGGAUCAACACCUAGGACGUCUUGUCAAACAUCGACGUCUGAAAAUGUUGGGACUGAUGCCGUAGCAUCUACAUCAACUAAUUCUGUUGAUCUCUCGUGCCUAUCUAUUCCCCAUCCGAGUGUUUCUGAAAAUCUUAUCCAUUCCAAAUUAUCCCAAAUUAGACAGGCUUCAUCAAAAAAUGCAGAUGAACAAAAUACCAAAGUUGAUAAUGAUCUUGUCAAAGAGAAUGCAUUCGAGCCGGGAAUUUAUCGAUCGGGCUUAUACGCGCACUGGUGGCUGAAGGCCAAGAUACCAGCAGAAGUUAUCGCAGGAAUACACGAUGCCACCAAAACAGGCAAGGCAGAUGUCACCUCUGACAACAGGAACAGGAACAUCAAACUCGAUCAGUCGUCAAGGAAGCGGAAUAAACCCUAGCACCCGUUCUACCCCAUCCCCUCAAUCGGCUUGUAACAAUGGUCGAGGUUGGUCAGUCAGUUGUCUUCGUCCCACCCCGCCUCUUCGCCCAUGUUUGGCCCUA